AAAACAAUCAGUUAUUCAGUCAUCAACUAGCGACCAGAUAUUGACGGAAGGAUAAUCUUUUCUUCUCACGGGUAAACCUCAAAUAUCUUUUUGUACUUCAGCUUCAGCAUGGAUGAUUCAAACGCCAUAGCGAUAGUAGGGGUGGGGUGCCGUUUUCCCGGGGCUCCAAAUCUGGACGAAUUCUGGAAUGUGCUGAAGAAUGGGGAAAACCAUGUGAUCGAGGUUCCAAGGGAUCGAUGGAAUGUGGACGCCUUUUACGACCCAGAUCCGGACGCCCCCGGCAAGACAUACGUCAGGAAAGUGGGAAUUGUCAAGGACCACGACAAAUUUGAUAAUCGACUUUUCGACGUAAAUGACAUCGAAGCUUCGAAGAUGGACCCCCAGCAGAGAUUUAUUCUCGAGUCAACAUUCAUGGCUCUGGAGAACGGCGGGAUUCCCCGGAAUACUAUAUCCGGAUCCAAUACAGGUGUUUACAUUGGCGUGAUGAACAGUGACUACACGGACAUUCUAGCGUCGGAUAUGGACCAGGCCGACAAUUACACGUUGACGGGUGGCUCGGCAAGCAUCGCAGCGGCUCGCGUGUCUUACGUCUUCAACCUGCUUGGGCCCGCUCUGGCUGUCGACACAGCCUGUUCCUCUGCUCUGAUUGCCAUACAUCUCGCCUCACAAGCUUUGCAAACGGGUGACUGUGAUAUGGCAAUUUGUGGCGGCGUUAACUGCGUUCUGAUGCCGUCGAUUAUGAUCCCACUGAGUAAAGCCAGGAUGGUCUCCCCUACUGGCUCGUCCAAGGCAUUCUCAGCCGAAGCUGACGGAUAUGCCCGAGGAGAGGGUAGCGGGAUAGUUAUCCUAAAAAAAUUGGCUGACGCCAGGGCGAAUGGGGACAAAAUUUGGGCCAUCGUAAAGACGGCCUCUAACCAGGACGGUCGAAUGGCGUCUCCGAUAACUGCACCAUCUGGACAACAACAACUGGCCCUUCUGAAAGAGACCUAUGGACGCCAUGGUAUUGACCCUUGUAGUGUACAGUACAUUGAAGCACACGGAACUGGUACGCCUGUCGGCGAUCCUAUCGAAGCUAACAGUCUAGGAACUUUCUUCGGCACAGAUGGGUCUCGCCGAUUUAUUGGAUCGGUAAAGACGGCCAUCUGGAAUCCGCAGCAGGAAUAG